AUGACCUCUCACACAUUAGCCCGCUUUGACGCAUCCCGAGACCUUCAAGAUGACUGCGCAUUCUGUCGUAUCGUUGCAAAGCAAUCACCGGCAUACGUAGUGUACGAAGAUGAAAACAACAUGGCUUUCCUGGACAUCUUACCGUUACGGCCGGGGCAUACCCUGGUGAUUCCGAAGAAGCAUGUACAACAGGUGUCGCAUCUGAAUGCUGAGACCGCAGCGUCCUUGUCGCAAGCACUUGUACAGACAACUAGGGCGAUCGGCAAAGCACUUGGAGAUGAGAGGUUGCAGGUAAUCACGAAUCAGAUCUAUGCUCAGCUCGUACCUCAUGUCCACUUCCACAUCGUUCCAGCAGCGCUCGGACGCACGAACGAAAAAGCUGACAAGCCAGCGGCAUCCAAGAAUCCGAUGACCAUAAUGGGACUGGGACAUGGACGCGAUGAGUUGGACGACGAAGAAGCAGAGAAGCUGUCUAAGAAGAUCCGUGAAGCAGCGGAUGCGCUCCAGAAGGAGACAAAAGCGAAAUUAUGA